UUAUUUAUUUAUUUUUCGUAAUUUUGUACUAAAUAUUGUAAAUAAUAUAUUUGCAUAUGCAUUGAAAUACAUCGUUUAUAGACAAGUUUGUAAUUUUGUUAGUUAAUUUUACAUCACCUGAGCUAAUGAUAGCUGUCACGAGCACACGUGCGCUCCCGUGACGUCACGCACACGCCAACGCUGCUGAACCUCAAGUGGGAUCAGUGGAAAGAGGAUGCUGCUGUCAUUUAGGCCGUUGAUCUCAGUCUCUGUGUUGACUCUGCUAAGCUGGUGCUGGUACAGCUUUAGGAGGAGGAGGAGGAGGACGACAGCUCCUCUCUGGACUAAAGAGAAUGUGUGUUGUUCGGACAGCAGCAGCCCUGUUCACUCCUCCCCUGCUGACUCCAGUAUUUUGGGUGAAAGUGACCUGAACAUGGACCACAGCAUCUCAAGAUCCUCUGAAAUCAAAAAUCUUACCAGCACCAUAUCCAAAAUAGGCCUCACCAAGGGAGUUCGACCCGAGCCAGAAGGAGAAGUAUCUGUUCGUUUCCCUGAGACUCUCCGAACUGAGCAAGAAAAGGACAACAUUGCUGGUGAAGGCCAUCCAGAAUGUGGAGAAGUUAGUGAAGAUGACUCUGGGCUUGAGUCUGAUCCGGUUUGUCUGUCUUCAAACCGCCUUCCCAUCAACUCUCACACUUUAACAGAACAACAGUCAGGUCCUGUCAGCUUGGACAGUCAUGAUGGCAGCAGCCUGUCUGAUCUCUCCCCUGAUAGAGGCCUGAACCUGGAGAACAUGGAGAAGAUCAGUUCUGUUCUGGUCCAACAGGUCAUAGACGCAGUGGCAGAGGACUGGAAAAACCAGGAACCCAGUGAACCACAUGAGCUUGCUAGUGUUUCAAGACCUCCACAGGGUGGAUUUCUAUAUGCUGCUCAAGAAUCAUUCAGCGGUGAUGACGACAGCAGAGUAUCCCUUCAGGACGUGGGCUCAUUCAGGGAAAAACUACUCUGCCAUUUAGGAGCUUCUGUUGGAGAUGAUUCUGGGUGUGGUUCCUGCUUUUCAGAGGAUGCAUCCGGUGUAGAAAGGCUCACCAGAGAGUUGUCUAAGGAGGGCCAAAGGUUUUUGUUGACCCCCACAGAAGCAGACACAGUCAGCAUAGAGAGCAAAAUGACUCCCAGCAUGCUCGGAGUGACAGAGGGAGAGGAGGAGGCCUUGAGAGGUUCAGAUGUUAAAAGCUGCAUUAGUGCUGACGCUCAGGUGAGCAGCUUGGCCCCACCUCCAACCCCACCCAUCAUUCUCUGGGACAUAGAGGUGCCAGCGCAUCUGGUUGGUCGAUUGAUCGGGAAGCAGGGGAAGUUCAUAAACUUCCUGAAGCAGAGCUCUGGAGCAAAGAUCUAUGUCUCCACCCUGCCGUUCACUCAGGAGAUUCAAAUCUGCCACAUCCAGGGCUCACAGCAGCAGGUGGAUGAUGCUCUCUCACUCAUCAGGAAGAAGUUCAAAGAUCUAGAUCUGACUAACUGUGUUCCUCUGCCCUUCCUGCCCAUCACAUCCUGGCUGCUGCUGCCUCAGGAUGUGUUUGUGGAGGUGAUCGUUUCACGGGUAGAGGCUGGUCAUCAUCUGUUCGUUCAGCAGCACAAGCAUCCAUCUAAUCAGGCCCUUCCCACACUUAUACAGCACAUGCAGCUCUGCUACUCUCAGCCAGGAUGUCCCAGCCUGCCCACCCCUGUCGAAGUGGGGGUGGUCUGUGCUGCUCCGGUAACAGGAAGUGGCUGGCAGAGAGCCCAGGUCAUCCAGUAUUACAGAGAGUCUGGAAUGGCUCAUAUCAGAUAUGUAGAUAAUGGAGGUUAUGACACUGUGAACAGCGCCACCCUCAGGCAGAUCAGGUCAGACUUUGUAACGUUGCCAUUCCAGGCAGCAGAGGUUCUGUUGGACAAUAUCACUCCUUUGCCAGGAGAGGAGGAGUUUUCCCUGGAGGCCAAAGCAGCCCUGAAGGAAUUAACUGCAAAUAUGGCCCUAAUCAUCAAGGUGACAGGCAGUCAUGAUGGCCUUCCUCUGGUGCACAUGUGGAAACAGACAGGAGACGAGGUGGUUCUGGUGAACAGAUUACUGGCUGAACGGGGGUUUUGCACCUGGUUUGAGAUGCAGUGAUGUCACAGCUUUUUGCUUAUCCUCUCUUGAUCACCCUUUUGCACAAUAAAUCGUGUAUUCCACUUUGUAUAUUUGUUUGUUGUAUGAAGAUUAUGUUGGAAACCAAAUUUUUGAAGAAUUCUCUUCAAAUGGUUAAUGUUACGCUAUUUGAUGUUAUUUAAAUGAUAAUUGAAUUAAGUUAUUGCCCCAGAAUGCAUUGCAGAGUAAAUCAAAGCUGCUUAUCUGAACACCUGCUAAUAUUGUCUCUAAGAUUUUCUCUUGAAUGCUGAUGGUUUGAUAGGUUGUUAUGCUCAGGUAUUUUGAUAUUGAAGUAUAUAGGUUUUUUGUAGUAUCUUUUUUUUUUUGUUCUGUUUAGAAAUAUUUGUUCUUCUCUUGGUCUUUGUAUUUUGUUUAUUUUCUGUAAGAUAAGGGGUGGGGACAGUGUUAUGCUCUCUGAAUGUAAAGCCUUAAAGAACUCCAGCAGUGAAGAGCAUUAUGAUCCCCUGCUGAACGGUUCAGUGCUCUGUACUCUCAUGCUGACGCUGCCAAACAUUUCACUGCUGCUGAAGUAAAAGAUCUGUGGAUAUCG